GUCGGUCUCCAGUCUGGCCCGCUGAUUGGCUCGCUGGGUGUCUGAGCGGAUUGUGGAAGAGGAAAGGGAGAGCGCUUGUUGCUGUGGCCGAAGGAGCUCCUUUCCCGGGCGGGAGCGGCCGGUUCGACUGAAGCUGUUCGCUAUGAGGAGAGUCACGCUGUUCGUUAACGGCACGUGCACGAACGGGAAGGUGGUGGCCGUGUACGGAUCGCUGGAGGACCUGCUGUGUGUGGCCGGCUCCAAGCUGGGCAUUCGAGCCUCCAAUGUGUACAACGGGAACGGCGGUCUCAUCGACGACAUCGCGCUGAUCAGAGACGAUGAUGUGCUCUACGUUUCUGAGGGAGACUCAUUUGAAGAUCCUCAGGAUGACCCCAGAGGCCCUGAUAAGGAUCAGACUCACACUGAUUGGCUGACUCUCAACGUCGGUGGACGCUGCUUUACGACGACGCGGAGCACGUUAGUCAGUAAGGAGCCGGAGAGUAUGCUGGCCCACAUGUUCAGAGAGAAAGACGUGUGGGCGAACAAGCGUGACCGCCAGGGCGCAUACCUGAUCGACCGCAGCCCGGACUACUUCGAGCCCAUCCUGAACUACCUGCGGCACGGACAGCUCAUCAUCAACGAGGGGAUCAACCCCCUCGGUGUGCUCGAGGAAGCCCGCUUCUUUGGGAUCGAGCAGCUUGCCGAACAGCUGGAGGCCCUUAUAAAGUCCUCUCAGCCUCCUGACGAUCACUCACCUUUGACCCGGAAAGAGUUCAUCAGGUUCCUGUUGGCCACGACCACAAAGUCCGAGCUGCGCUGUCAGGGUCUGAACUUCACCGGUGCCGACCUUUCUCGUCUGGAUUUGCGUUACAUUAACUUUAAGAUGGCCAACCUGAGAGGAGCCAACCUGACCCACGCUAACCUGAGCGGGGCCAACCUGGAGCGAGCCGACCUGUCCGCGGCCUGCCUUGACGGCGCCAACCUGCAGGGCGUGAAGAUGCUGUGCACCAACGCUGAAGGAGCGUCGUUGCGAGGCUGCAACUUUGAGGAUCCUGCAGGAGUCAAGGCCAACCUGGAGGGGGCCAACCUGAAGGGUGUGGACAUGGAGGGAAGUCAGAUGACGGGCAUCAACCUGAGAGUCGCCACGCUAAAGAAUGCCAAAUUGAAGAACUGUAACCUGCGGGGGGCGACUCUGGCUGGGACUGACCUCGAGAACUGCGACCUGUCCGGCUGCGACCUUCAGGAGGCGAACCUGCGGGGCUCCAACGUGAAGGGUGCCAUCUUUGAGGAGAUGCUUACGCCUCUACACAUGUCUCAGAGCGUGCGGUGAACCCGUUUUCCAUAACCAUGUACACUCACAGUGCCACACCGACCAUUGAAUGCCAAACUUUUUUUUUUCUGCUCUCGACCCAAAAAAGUGGGUGAGCCACAAAAUUAAAACCUGCUGUUCCUACUCUGAAGCUUCUUCACAGGCGGUGGCUCCUCUUCGUUCUGCUUUAACCUCCUUAAACCCAGUUUACGCUCUUUGUUCUCUUAGCUGCUGCUGAGCAGUUUGAUGUUGUUGUGGGAAACUGCUGCCACCAGGGGCGUGCCAUGCUUGGCUUACUGUGAUGCUUGGGCGAGUGGACAGUGUCAGAAACGUCCACCUGAACACCAGGACCCGUUGGAUCCCAGUGAGAUGUUCGGUGUUUUGCAGAGGCUUUAAUGUUGUGGCUGCUCAUAACGUCAGCUUUAUUUCAGCAUUUUCAGACACGUCUGAAGUUCUGAUGCGUGCAGUAUUUCUUAAUUUUAUUUAUUUUUUGUAAAUGUAACGCAGGUUUGUGGUUGAGGAUUGUAUAUAGUAUAUUUUAAAGGGGACCUAUUCUUUGCAUCACUGACAGUUCAUAAAAAAAAAAAACCAUCACAAACUAGGCCUCAGUGCAGCUCCUGAGCUCUGUGAUGUUCCUCAAGGAUCUACUCUUGGUCUUAUUUUUCAUUAUACCUGCUUUAAAUCAGUGAGCAUUUCCCCGUAUCAUGUAGAUGCAAACAGAAUUUCAUGUCAAAGAGUUUCAUGGAAGAAAAAUGAGGAUGAAUGAGAAGUCAAUCCUGAUCACCCCCUUCAGUGUGGUGCUGGGACCAGCUUUACCUUCCUCAUGUCACCUCUGAGCGGCUGAUUUCCCCUCGGCGUGGGAGGUGCAGCAGGCUGAAAUAAACUGGAAUGAGCCUUUAAUAAGAAGCAGAAACAGGUGUUGUUGUAAUAAAACAUAAACGUCAGUGUUUCUGAGAUUUUAGUGACUGUCAGGAGUGAGGCAGGGUGUCUCCUCUGCUCUUCAUUAUGUUUAAUAAAUCUGUUGUUUCUUAAGUUUA